AUGCAGAGGGAACAGCGGGGCUCUCUUCGUGCAGCGCCCACUUCCCUGACGUGCCCGGGGACAGCUCCUCUGGGAUUUGGUCUGCAAAUACAGUGUUACCAGUGUGAAGAAUUCCAGCUAAAUAAUGACUGCUCUGCUCCAGAGUUCAUUGUGAACUGCACAGUGAAUGUUCAAGACAUGUGCCAGAAAGAAGUAAUGGAAAAAAGUUCUGGAAUCCUCUAUCGCAAGUCCUGCGCAUCCUCUGCAGCCUGUCUAAUAGCCUCUGCCGGAUACCAGUCUUUCUGUUCCCCAGGAAAAAUGAAUUCUGUUUGUAUCAGCUGCUGUAAUACUCCACUCUGCAAUGGACCCCGGCCCAAGAAGAGGGGGAAUUCUGGCACAGUGCCCAAGGCAGGCAUAUUAACUACUCUUUUGCUCUUAAAAUUGGCUCUUUUAUCGUCAGUGCAUUGCUAAACUUAAAGGAUUUUUUUUGUC